GGGACUAUUUCUGGGGCAACAACAGGGCCUCCGGAGGACCGCAGACAUAUUUAUUACACCAUGAUGGAAGAACUGCAUAGCCUAGACCCCCGACGGCAGGAGCUGCUGGAGGCUCGCUUCACUGGGGUCGGCGUGGCUAAGGGUUCAGGUCAGAAUGAGUCAUCCAAUCAGAGUCUAUGCAGUGUGGGCUCUCUCAGCGACAAAGAGCUAGAGACUCCAGAGAAAAAGGUGAACGACCAGAGAGCGAGAAAACGGAAAGCAGACCCCUUUGACAGCAGCCAAGGUGAGAUUGGGAGCAAGGGACAUAAAAUUAGCGAUUAUUUUGAGUUUGCGGGAGGCAGCGGUCCUGGUACCAGUCCCGCCAGGGGGAUUCCACCAGUGGUCCGCUCUUCCCCACAACACUCCCUCUCCAACCCGCCUGUCACGGUGCAGCAGGGAAGCCCCUCUUCUCUAAGCUCAGCCAACACAGAGCACUCGUCGUGUUCGCUGAAGCCUGCCACCCUUCACAUGCUGCACAAAGCCACACAGUCUGACCUUACCAUAGAGAAGCUAACCGCAAUGGAGAACAACAAGAACUCUGACCUGGAGAAGAAAGAGGGCCGAAUAGAUGAUUUGCUGCGGGCAAACUGUGAUCUACGGAGACAGAUAGAUGAGCAGCAGAGGAUGUUGGAGCGAUACAAGGAGCGCUUAAACAAGUGUGUGACCAUGUCCAAGAAGCUGCUGAUUGAGAAAUCCAAGCAGGAGAAGAUGGCGUGCCGGGACAAGAGCAUGCAGGACAGACUUCGACUGGGCCACUUCACCACAGUAAGACAUGGAGCCUCCUUCACUGAGCAGUGGACGGACGGAUACGCCUUCCAGAAUCUCAUCAAACAACAGGAAAGGAUCAACUCCCAGCGAGAGGACAUCGAGAGACAGAGGAAGCUGCUGGCCAAGCGCAAGCCGCCCUCCAUGGCCCAGACUCCCCCUCCGAGCCUGGAGCAGAACAAACGCAAGAGCAAGACCAAUGGAACAGAGAGCGAGGCGUUAUCGCAGGCAGAGUACCACGAGCAAGAGGAAAUCUUCAAGCUAAGACUAGGUCAUCUUAAAAAGGAGGAGGCUGAGAUCCAGGCAGAGCUAGAAAGGUUGGAACGAGUGCGGAACCUGCACAUCCGUGAGCUCAAGAGGAUCCACAAUGAGGAUAAUUCCCAAUUCAAAGACCACCCUACGCUAAAUGACCGCUACCUGCUACUCCAUUUACUUGGACGGGGAGGUUUCAGUGAAGUUUACAAGGCCUUUGACCUAACAGAGCAAAGGUACGUUGCAGUCAAAAUCCACCAGUUAAACAAGAACUGGAGGGACGAAAAGAAGGAAAAUUACCACAAACAUGCAUGCAGAGAAUAUAGAAUUCAUAAAGAGCUGGACCACCCACGGAUAGUCAAACUCUACGACUACUUUUCACUUGACACUGACUCGUUCUGCACAGUCCUGGAGUACUGCGAAGGAAACGACCUGGACUUCUACCUGAAGCAGCACAAGCUUAUGUCAGAGAAGGAGGGCCGCUCCAUCAUCAUGCAGAUUGUCAACGCCCUCAAGUACCUCAAUGAGAUCAGACCGCCCAUUAUCCACUACGACCUCAAACCCGGUAACAUCCUCCUGGUGAACGGCACAGCCUGCGGGGAAAUCAAGAUCACAGACUUUGGCCUGUCGAAGAUCAUGGACGAUGACAGCUACAACUCAGUGGACGGGAUGGAGCUGACGUCACAGGGAGCAGGGACAUACUGGUACCUGCCCCCAGAGUGCUUUGUGGUUGGGAAAGAGCCACCCAAAAUCUCCAAUAAGGUGGACGUGUGGUCAGUGGGAGUAAUUUUCUACCAGUGUUUGUAUGGCCGCAAGCCCUUUGGCCAUAACCAGUCCCAGCAGGACAUCCUGCAGGAGAACACCAUACUGAAGGCAACGGAUGUGCAGUUUCCCCCCAAACCAGUAGUCACACCUGAAGCUAAGGCCUUUAUAAGGCGCUGUCUGGUCUACCGUAAGGAGGACCGCAUCGAUGUGCACCAGCUGGCCAGUGACCCCUUCCUCAUGCCCCACAUUCGCAAAUCGGUAGCCUCCUCGGGCACCUCAGGCAUGGCCAUGGCCUCCACCUCCAGCUCCUCCAACAGCAGCGCCUCAAACUGAGCCCACGCCCCUUAACAGACUGACCGAACCGAUUGGAAGGAUGGGGUGGGGGAAGCGACGCCCGAUUGCGUCCCGCCCCACAGCAUCCCACCUUGCCAUGUAGAGCCCAAGAGAAACCGCUGGGACACCGGCAAGGGGUGGGUGGGGAGUCAUGGACGGGGUGGGAAGGGGACCCCUGUCACCCUCCAUCCCCCCCUCGUGUCCACCCACCCCAACCUCCCUGUCCUUCUCUCCCAAUGGGGUGGCAUUGUUCUGGGGGUCAAAGCCCUAGACAGCUCACGCUGCAGGAAGUGAGGUUUGGCACUGCGCUGAUGAAAAGCUGGGGUUCAGUGUUUGGGAUUUUUUUCUUUUCUGCUAAAAUAAAAAGAGAAAAUAAAAGAAGUAUAAAACUGCUUCAGCCUGGACAGAGGGAAAGGACUGUUGAAGGCUCCAUACACACACGCACACACACACACACACACACACACAUAAACACACACAUACACCUACACUUAAACAUGCAUGAACCAUUCUGGUCCAAGGUAGUCUGAACUCGCUGAGUUCAAAGCUUUGGUUUGUACUCGUCCCCCAGAACCUGACUGAGAGUACCAGUCGAGCCUGUUAUUGUACUGAACCUAAAUAUCUAUGGCACUAUGUGAUCCAGCCCACUCAUUCUGGGCCCCACCCCCCCUCAAAUUCCAGACCCAGAUAGUUUGUGACGAGGAGGGCAAGAAGCUACAACCCCCCCCCCCGUCCCCUCCACCCAGCAUCACUACCACCUAACCCCUCCCUCACGUCUCCUCGUCGAACUCCUGUGACCAAAGCUUAUAACUUCCAGUUGGUGGCAGUGUUCCACCUCAGUUUUUAUAAUGAAUGGUUUUAGAGUUGUGUUACUUGAUAUGAAGUGGAAGCUGUUGACGAAUGAUCCCUUUUACAUUUUUUUAAAACUUUACAAUUUAACCAGUUUUAUGGAGAAACUUUUGUUUGUGUUUUUCAAGUUGCCUUUAAUUAGAACUGUUAUUGUUUUGAUUGGCCCCCUAUCAUAAACACACAUAUUUAUUUAGGUAUGUUUGAAUUUAUUUUUGGCCAAUAAAAUGCAAGGGACUGGUUUACCUAAUAGUACUGUUGGGGGGAGAUUGGGCCUUAGCAGUGAGUUGCAUAAACCAUUAAAUACUAUUGGUUAAAAAUU